ACAGCUCUCCACUCCUGCACAGGUGAGCGACCCGCACGGCUUGGUCCCUCUCUCUGCACACUCGGGCAGCCCAGCACCACUCACCAUGUCGUUUACCAUCAGAUCCACCGCCGGUCCGCGGAAUUUCUCCAGCCUGAGUUCCUCCAGCUCCCAGGCGCAAAGGGGCCUGCGAUCCAGCGCCGGCAGCAUGUUCGGGGGCGCCGGGGGGACAGGCGCUCGCAUCUCCAUGUCAAGUGCGCAAAGUGUUUCCAACACGCAGCGCCCGUAUUUCCAGGACAACAGUGGAGCUGUCGCGAAUUCUGCUGCAUUUAAUCCCGUUAAUAACGAAAAACAAACGAUGCAAGACCUCAACAGCCGCCUGGAUAAAUACGUGUCCAGAGUGCGCGAGCUGGAGGACUCCAACAGGAAACUGGAGGAGCAAAUUAAAGAAGCGUUGCUGAAAAAGGGAGCCGAUAACGGGAACGACUGGAGCGGCUACGACCAUCCAUUGAUGGAAGUUAGGAAGCAGAUCCGGGAAAUGGCCAGGUACAAUGCCCAACUUCUGCUGCAGAUCGACAACGCCAGACUGGCCGCCGACGACUUUAAAGUCAAGUAUGAAUCGGAGCAGGCCAUACGGCAGGGUGUGGAGCAGGACAUCGCGGGUUUGCGCAAGAUCAUUGACGACACUCAGCUGAGCCAAACGCAGCUGGAAAGCCAGCACGACUCCACCAUGGAGGAGCUGAACUUCCUCAAGGGGAACCAUGAGGAGGAAGUGGCAGGGCUUCGCACCCAGAUCACAGCUUCCGACGUCUCCGUGGAGAUGGACUCCCCCAAGGGACCCGACAUCAGCGAGAUCAUCGCCAAGAUUCGCGGGGAGUAUGAGAAGACCGCGCAGAAAAACCGUGAGGACACCGAUGCCUGGUACCAGAGCAAGUUUGACAGCCUGUCUGCGGAGGCCUCUCAGAACAGCGAGGAGCUGCAGUCCGGGAAGAACAACCUGUACGGCCUGAACCGACAGCAUCAGGCCCACCAGAUCGACCUGGAGGCCCUGCGCAACCUGAAGAGCUCGCUGGAAGGCACGCUGAAUGACACGGAGGGCCGCUACGCCGGCGAGAUGAACAAGCACAACCAGCGGCUGCUGGACCUGGAGGCGGAGCUGGCCCAGGUCCGCGCUCAGGUGGAGCGCCAGGGCCAGGACUACCAGUCGCUCUUCAACAUCAAGAUGAAGCUGGAGAGCGAGAUCGCCACCUACCAGAGCCUGCUGGAGGGCGGGCCCGACGACGACAGAGUGGAAUUUUCUUUAGAGCAGGCCUUGCAGGCAGUGCCACAGCCAGAAAAGCCUAAGGAGGUGAUGGUGCUCAACCGGGAGGUGGUGGAUGGAGAGGUGGUGUCCCAGACAAAGGUGGAGGUGCAGAUGGCCCCUCCCAAUGAUGCAGAGCAGCCAGAGGUGCAGGAGGAGCAGGAGAAACAGGAGGAGCAGGAAGAGGAGAAGGAAGACGAACAGGAGCAGGAGAAGGAGGAGGAGGAGGAGGAGCAGAAGGAAGAGGAGGAGGAGAAGGAAGAGGAGGCUCCACAGAGCCUCGCAGAAGAGGAAGAGCCACAGCAGAAUGAUGAAGCGCUCAGCGAGUGAGCAGCCUCUCCCCUCGGACGUCCACACUCCUCCCGCCUACCCCUCCUCUCUCUGUCACUCAGGAAAAUGCACCCUGUCUCUAACCUCUUUGCCAAUAAAAUGGUGGUUUACAAUCCAGCAGUUGCUGUUCUCUCAUUUGCCUGGGCAAUCACACAAACGUGGUUCUUUAAAAAAAAAACUCAGCAUGGUGGUGGUUGUGUGGCAGUGACUGGGUGUAAUAACUGCAGUUAUUACACUCAGAGCUGACAGCCAUCAGAACAGAUGUGCCACUGACGUCUCAGUGAUAAGGCAUAGGAAUAACACCU